AUGUCUCGCAAACUCACAGUCGCCAUCGUCGGAGCCACCGGCGCCACGGGGGGAUCUAUUGCUCGCGUUCUCCUGUCUGACCAAGAUCAAUUCGAGGUCAUUAUUCUGGCCCGAGCGGCAUCUCUUAACAAACCGGAACUUACGGCCCUUAAAGAGCUCGGUGCCGCUGUGCGCGCUGUGGACCUUGAUGGUCCAAUCGACUAUGUCGCCAACGUGCUGGCUGGCACAGAUGUCGUCGUCUCCGGCAUGACGCUCCAGCAGAUGCCACAGGAGCUCAACCUCGCGUUGGCGGCUAAGCAAGCCAACGUAGGAAGAUUUGUGACGAGCUUCUUCGCUCCUGUGUGCCCGCCCGGCGGUGUCACGUUCAUGAGGGAAAAGAAGGAAGAAAUUUUGAAUCAUAUCAAGAAACUCUACCUUCCUUACACUGCCGUUGAUGUCGGCUGGUGGUAUCAGAUGACCAUCCCGCGCCCGCUAACCCAGCCAGCUGAUCCGAAGGCCUUUGUGCAGCCCAUGCCCAUCGUUGAUGAAGGAAACGUGAGGAUCGCGCUGACGGAUAAUCGCGACAUCGCACCUUUUGUCGCCAGGAUCAUUGCUGACGAAAGGACCCUCAACCAUCUUGUGUUUGUCUAUGGAGAAGUCAAGACAACAACUGAAGCCUGGAGCGAGGCCGAAGCCAUCUCCGGGGUCUCCGCCGAGAAGAAAUAUGCAAGUAUUGAUUGUCAUUCUCAUCAUCUCUCAGUGUCCGAGGCAAGCUUGCUGGAAACCAUCGAGAAGAAUCCAGGAGUCCUCACCAUGGAGACAGGGAUGGCACAAUACUUCUAUACUCUCGCCGUCCGAGGCGACAAUACCCCCGAGAACGCCAAGUAUCUGGGCUAUCUCGACGCAAGGGAACUCUACCCUGACCUGCAGCCACGAAGCUGGAGGGAUUACAUCAUGGAUCUGGAAGCUGGCCAAAUUCCAACGCCCUAUCCGGACCGCAAGUAG